GGGGGGAGACUGGGGCGUAGUGGUAGGAGCUGCUGAAGAAGAAGGCGAUUAAGAUGGCGGCCAGAGCCGCGCAGGGGCUAUCUCCCAGCACCAGGCUGCUCUGAGGGCAGAGCGCUCGCCCACCGCACACACUGUCCGCCCGAGGUGGAUGUCCAGUAGCCGCUGCCCUCCGUCUUGCCCCAGUUACCCCGCACUCCACGCCCGGCCCGCCUCGCCCCUCUCCGGCCCUCGCUGCCCUCCCCGGCCCGGCACAAUGGGGGUGCAGGGCUUCCAGGAGUUCCUGGAGAAGCGAUGCCCGGGGGCCGUGGUGCCCGUCGACCUGUUGAAGUUGGCCCGGACCGUAGCCCGCCAGCAGCACCGAGCGGGCCUGUCACCCGGGGGCUACCCUCCGGCCCCACCGCCGCCUCCCCCACAGCCCCCCUCCCCGGCGGCCCCCCCUCCCUGCCGGGUGCUGGUGGACGCGGACUCGGCCUUGCAGCGGCUGUACGGGGGCUACCAGACGGACUGGGUGUGCGGGGGCCAGUGGAACGCCAUGUUGGGCUACCUGGCGGCGCUGUCACAGGCAUGUCUGUACCAGGGCGGCCUGGAACUGGUGGCCAUGUUCAACGGUACCCUGGCCAAGGAGAGGCUGCCGGAGUGGGCCCGGCGGGCUCAGGGGGAGAGGCAGACGGCCCAGCUCAUUGUCAGCCACGUCGGGAACAAGGGCACCCCGCCCCCCAGGGCCUGGUUCCUGCCUCCGGCCUGCCUGGCUCACUGCAUCCGCCUGGCAAUGAUCCGGUUCCGUGUGAAGGUGUUUCAGAGUUUGGAAGACCAUCACCUGGAGGUGGUUUCCUUUUUCCGUGAGAAUGGGUUCCACGGUCUUAUUGCUCAUGACUCUGAGUAUGCUCUGUGCAACAUUCCAUCUUACUACAGCUCCCAUGCACUCAAACUCAGCUGGAAUGGGAAGAAUCUUACCACCAAUCAGUUUCUCAUGCAGGAGGUAGCCAAGCAGCUGGGACUGAAGAUGAGCAAUUUCCCCAUAUUUGCCGCCCUUUUGGGCAAUCACAUUCUCCCCGAUGAAGACCUAGCUGCAUUUCACUGGAGUUUACUGGGACCGGAUCAUCCUCUUGCUUCUUUAAAGGUUCGAGCUCACCAACUUGUUCUGCCACCUUGUGACGUUGUAAUAAAAGCUGUUUCAGAAUAUGUGGGGUCCAUCAAAGAUGCCUCUAAUCUGGAUGCAGUUGGCAAAGAAAUCUUCAGGCACUCUCAGUCCAGAACAGAAGAUAAGAUUGAACGUUUCAAGAAAGCAGUGGAAUAUUAUUCUGUAGCGACCAAGCAGCGUCCACCCCAACUCAACCCAUCCCCUUUUGUUGUUGCCGGCUAUGGGCCCAGUCAGUUUGGUGUACCACCCCUUCACCAUGGUCAGAUGGGAGGAAUGCCUCUUGGGAAACCCAUGUUUGGACACCAAAUGCAAGCAAAGCUACAGUAUCAACAUCCCUUUCCUCCAGGGCCAAAUUCUGGCUUCUUGUUUUCUACUCAUCCGUUGGGUGACCUGCAACACUUUCAUGACGAAAACUUAAUAAAAGGAGGAGCCUUCUCAGGGUGGUCCUUGCCCUACGAUUCAUCUGCUUCCAAAUUUCAAAAUCAUCUUACUUUGAAACCCUCCCCUUCAUCUGGCCAUGAAUCUUCACCAUCUUCUUCCUCUGACGAAGAUCAGAAUGGUGCCACAUCAAAUCAUGUCACAGAAAAUCGUCCGCAUAAACCUAGCUGGGAGGAAUCCUCUGGGGAGAAACAUACCCAAUCCUGGGGCCAGCAGUCCGGAUCUGGAGAUUCUAACCAAAACAUGGGACACACAGAAAACCAGAUUCCUUCUUUACUGUCCAUGGCAACUCGCAACCACAUGGAUAUUACCACACCACCUCUCCCUCCAGUGGCCCCCGAGGUCCUUCGAGUGGCAGAGCACAGACAUCGUCGGGGUCUUAUGUACCCAUAUAUUUAUCAUGUCCUUACAAAGGGUGAGAUUAAAUUGCCAGUCUGCAUAGAAGACGAAUGCAAUGCCGAUCUCCCUCCUGCAGCAAUCCUUUUUCGACCAGCACGUCAGUAUGUGUACGGAGUCCUCUUCAGUCUUGCAGAGACUCAAAGAAGACUAGAACGGCUUGCCAUGCGGAGGCGUCUCCCUGUUGAUGUGCCACCAGUGAUUAUUAAAGAAUGGUCAGCAUACAAGGGGAAGUCUCCUCAGACUCCAGAGCUGGUGUCGGCUUUGACAUUCAGAGAGUGGACUUGCCCAAACCUGAAGAAGUUGUGGCUCGGCAAAGCUGUAGAAGACAAGAAUCGUAGGAUGAGAGCAUUCCUGGCCUGCAUGAAGUCAGACACUCCCAGCAUGCUCAAUCCUGCAAAUGUUCCCACUCACCUCCUCCUGAUGUGCUGUGUGCUGCGGUACAUGAUGCAGUGGCCUGGAGGAAGGAUAUUACUCAGGCAUGAGCUGGACGCUUUCUUGGCACAAGCUGUAUCUGCACAGCUGUAUGAACCAGAUCAGCUACAGGAGCUCAAGAUUGAGAAGUUAGAUGCCCGAGGUGUACAGCUUGCAGCUCUUUUCAUGAGUGGGGUGGACACUGCACUUUUUGCCAACGAUGCCUGCGGCCAGCCAGUUCCUUGGGAGCACUGUUGCCCCUGGAUCUACUUUGAUGGAAAGUUAUUUCAGAGCAAGCUGAUCAAAGCGGGACGGGAAAAAGCUCCUUUGAUUGAACUGUGUGAUGGCCAGGGAGAGCAGGCAGCCAAAGUGGAGAAGAUGAGACAGAGCAUUCUUGAGGGGAUCAAUCUAAAUCGUCAGCCACCUCCUCCUCUUUUGCCUCCUCCACCAUUCAUGCCCCCUAUGAUGCCACCAUUUUACCCAGUGUCACUGUAUCCAAGAGCCAUGGGUUCAAUGCCCCCACCGCCACCCGGUAGGAACAGAGGGUUUUCAGGAGUCCAUCCCAUUCCUCCACAGGGAGGCAAGCUAGAAAUAGCUGGCAUGGUGGUAGGCCAGUGGGCUGGUAGUAAACCUUCCCGUGGUCGAGGAGCCUUUGGCAUGCAGGUUGUGUCUGUUGGUGGCCCAGGAAAAGGUCGUGGAAGAGACCCUUCAAACAAAGUAACAAAAAAUAACAAGAAGGUGAACAAGCAGGGCUCAACAGACAGUCGUAGUCCUUCCCAUGUAAACGGGACCAGUGGAAGCAACGCCCCAGAGGAAGAACAGAGUCCUCAAACCAUAGCAUGUGCCUUAUCCAGAGAUUGCAGUGACCCUUGUAACAACAACAGCUCCCCUCACUUCACCGGUAUAACCAGUGAAAGCAGCGACACCUGCCGUGAUGAGAAGCUAGGGCCUACAGCCCUUCAAAAGGAAGAAUGAGCAGCACAGGGACAGAAUAGGCAAGCGUUGGAGGAGAAGGAGGAGUGUGAUGGAGUGACAGAUGGAAAAACUGUGACCAUUUUAGCUUGUGAAGAUGUUGAUAAUCCAAGGACUUCUUACUUUAUGAGGUACUGUGGAUUAUCAGGCCCCUUACCUCUCCAGUACCAGAGCGAUCUGUAAUCCCUGGUAUUCCCUGCAAUGCAGGAAGACCUGGCACUGGAAAGGAUAACUUAAGACAAACCCACAUUUGACACAAGCUACUCGUGCCGCACUUUCAGUACCUACCACUGAUGGCCCUGCGGAAAGGAGCACAGUAUGUCUUGGACAUAUUAAAUGGCUGCUAAUUUCUCCAAGUUUGGGAAGCAUAAGCUAGAAUUAAUUUUCCGAUAGUGGCCAUGAUGUGACUUGAUAUGCAACAGACUCAGAUUUGUAUCUUCAAACUGGGUUUUAUGGCAUCUCUUACACUUUCAUUGUGAAACUGUGCAUUGCUCUGUUACGUAGUAAGCAUGAUGUUGUGAUCGUCACCCUAUUCUAUUCAAAAUGGAGACAGCUGUCAGUAUUAAUCAAACAGGCACUUGUCAAUCAAAUUGUAGCUGGGAUUUGUAAAUCUUGAUUUAAAAUCCUAUAGGAAAGUGCCGUGUCUUCUUUGCACUCCCCCUUCUCCAGCCUCUAAUUACGGGGGGAAAAUUACGCUUCUGCCUAAAAAUGUGAUCCUGUAGAUAAUAUGGAACUUUUUUUCUGAAUUUUAUUAAUAUUAUUUUUUAUAUGUAUAUAGAUAUAUAUAAAUAUGGCCUUUGUACAAAGGGGAAUUUCAGGAAAGAGACUGUCAUGGGCAGAUUUUUCCUGCCUUCAUAUAAGGUCAAGCCUGUGUUAUGCUGGGUCAUUUCAUCUGUGAUGCAGGUCAGAGUUUGAGGGUCAAAGGUUAAUUUGUUGAAGGAAGCAACCAUCCUCUCUUGAUGAAAAGAAAAAAAAAGCGUCUAUUGAGCAUUAAAUACUAAUUUAGCAAUGCCUAAUGAUUCUACAGUUUGUAGAAUGAUGGUGAAUAGCACCUGAAUAAAAAUAAUCAGGCAGAUUUGUCACUAUCUAUUGACUGGUAGAGUUCAUUGAACACUGCCAAAAGAACCUUUAGAAAUUUGGUGAUGUGUAUUUAAUAUUCAGUGUCAUUUCGGUAUGAAUGCUAAAAGGAGUUAGAAGGUUGUGAUCAUAUACAGCACCUUUUACCCUUAAACUGUCGGAGAUAUCAAUGUAUUGCUAUGCAAUUCUUUGUUGAGAGCUCUGACAGAGAAAGGGCUUGUCCUUAUCUUUGACCUGUGUGCGUGUGUGCAUGGGCAGGGGGUUAGCAAUGACACACUGCUUGUUGACAAAGGGGUUAAUCUCCUUUUGUUUUGGUGAAGGUGUAAUGUGAAUGAAUGUAUGUGAUGCAUAAUGUGUUUAUCUCUUGGCAAAUGCCACAGAUGAACACUUGCAAAAAUACGUAUCCAGAGCUUGUCUGCUUAGACAUGCUGUGUAUAUUGUGAAUAUACAUACGUUUGUGCACAGACUUUAUGUACAGAGAGAGGCAGAGAGAGAUCUAUUUAUGUAACCUAUAAAUAUAUAUUUAGGCAAAGCCACAUCUGCAUCCUGAGCAGGACCAGUAUUCCUCGGGAACGCUGCCGCUGCUUUGGGGGGGGGUUUGUGGUCAUUCAGAACUGUUUACUCCAGACGUGUAAUUCUUUUAAGAACAGGAGAGAGCAGAUUUAGCUCUUGUGUCCAGCGCUUCAAUCGGAAACCUCGCUUGACGCUCACCUCUCCAAAAUGAACUAAAACUGCAUUAUUAUUUUUUUUCUACAUUGGCAUAAAAUGCACCCAUGGAUUUUACUCUGAAGGGUUUACAGUGUGUUGCUUUGCAUCUUCCAAUGUAAAUGUAGGAAGCAAUCCAUUUUUUUUUUCUUCACACUUGCUAAACAAUCGCACUGAAGCUAUCUCUGAUGAGAUCUGUUUUUUUAAAAAAACAAAAAACACAUCUUGGGACACAAAUACUGCCAGGAAACCUGCCUUCAGCUGAUCCUAGGGAUUCUUUGAUCGGAGAUCAUUUUAUUUGACAUACAUUUACUUUUCCUACAUGGCAUCUGAACUUUUUUGUGCAGCACUCUGGAAUACUAUGAAAUGUUGUGGAAGUUCAGAUAAGCAGCUAUAUAGACCAAUGUAAUUGUUUGCAGCAACUGUCUUUGCUCCGAAAUAGGCAAGGGGCAACCAAUUAUUUUUUUUGUUUUUUUCUUAAAGUGAAUUGCGAUAACAUGUUUGUCACAAUUUAAUCAAUUACUGCAUGGCGCUUUCAUACCUCUUUCUUAGGCAUUCUUGCGCUUUUUUUCCGCCUAGUAUUUCUGUUAGCUUCCAAGAUUGUAAACAGGCUCCCCAAAGUUUUUGGUUUAUUCGCAUGAGCUUUUUGAUGCUUGCAUAUAUCCCCUCUGGACUAAACCAACAGCAACUUAAGUCUUAAAAGGAGUAGGUUCAUGCCAACGUUAAUACGUCACACAAUUGAUCACAAGAACCAAGUCUCUGAGCAGUUCCUAUAAAAUAGAUACCAACAUGACAUAAUCUUUUUUUGUUUGGUUUAGAUCAAUACCCUAAUCGGUUUGUGAACAAAUCCUGUUGGGUGUUUAAAGAUGACAGUACAGGACUAUUGAUGACCUAAAUAGCACUUUUCAUUAUUCGAGAACCCUUUGGGUAUAAUAAAUUAAGCACUUACCUGACACGAGACCUGCUGUGAGAUUUAACACAGCCAUUGCAAGGCUUUCCAUAUUAAGAGGUGCUGUAGAUAUCCUUCUAUUUCCUGUUUUAUAUGCAGUUUGCUCACAGGAAGUCUUCUGACAAUCUAGUUUCAAAACAAAAGCAUAUUGUGUCAGGUUUCUACCCCUUAUUUCGGGGGCAUAUAUAGUGCCUCCUUUCUGUUCAAGCUAAGCUUUUGAGACUUAACCUGUCUAUUAAGGGGUCAUGCAAGUUUUUAUUUUUCUGAUCCUCAGGUUAUUAGUUACGAUUGAGGUCCUUUCUAUGUUCUGUGGUGUCUGAUGGCAACAUGUAAUUGGCAUCUGUUUGUAUCAUAGUACAUCAAAUAUGUGAAUUCCCCCCCUCUACCAGAGCUUAAAGGCAUGUUCCUUUAACCUUUUAACCAUCUGUGCAGCCUACUAGUAUUGUAGACACUUAAUGCUCUCGCAGAGGUAAACGAUGUGGGCCAUGUGAGACGCAGUAAUAUUAUUAUAAAAAAAGACGAAAAAAGUAUCUGCUUCAGAGUACCAAUAACAUUUCAGUAGCUUAGUGCAGAAUACAAAUGAGAAAAUAUGCAAUUUUGGCUGUCAGAUUAAUUUAUUUGGUCAUAAUAAAAAAAAAAUAACAUGCUGCCAGUUAUUGCUUUUAUUCAAGCCUUUUAUUUUAGUUUUUAGUUUUCCCUGGGGUUAACUAUUUAUCAUCUUCCUUCCAUUCAGUAUGUCCUCAGCAGUGCUCUGCAGGUGUCUCCAGUUUGGAGCUGACUCCAUGUGCUUUUUUGCAGUGUCAUGGCUUUAAAAACAGCCCCUUUACAUUGCGUUUUUCUUGCUUUUUUUUUUUCUUCCCUAUUUAAAAGAAGGGAGGUCUAAAAUACAACAGCCAUCUGAAUCAGUGUUAAGAGAUAUUGUUCAACAACAUAAUCCGGUUCUGGCAUCAUUGUGUUCCCAGUUUGUGUUUCAUGGACUGUCUUGGGAGCCAAGUGCAAGCCUUUCUCUACUGAUGUUGGCGUCAAAUAAUGCCGUGCUGCUGGGACCUCUUCCUUUAAGCAUCGAUAUCAGACUUCUCCUGGGAACAGUCAUCCCAGGAAACGGGACAUAUAUCCCUCUGCUUAUUCAGUAACUCAACUUUGCCACGGAAUGGACUUGAGUUCUACCAAGUUGGAGAAUUCUUUGUCGUGGCUUCUGACUGUGCGUAUUUCCCACAGUCACUGUGGCUUUUAAGGGCACAGCAAUAUUGUUAAUGAUGGGGGAACCUAUCCUGAUAUUUCACAGGGGAAUACAACAAAACAGUUCCCAUACAAGUUGUCAACUUGUUAUACUUUUUUUUAGUAUAAUCUUUUUUUUUUUUUCAAGCCAUUACAACUUUACACUUAUAUUUUAAUUAUAUUUUGUAACUGGAUUUCACAAUUAAGACUAAUUUUAAUCACACAAAAAACAUCCACUUAAUUAUCCACCAUUAAUUGCUGUCUUGAUUUUUGGAUAUAUGAAAAAAAAUACACCUUUUUAUAUGUAAAAGUAUCUUUUGCUUUAUGUUUGAUACACAUUAUAUACCUGGUGAGACUGUAUACCAUCAACUCAUUUUUUUCUCACCAAGACAAGUUAAACUGUUCACUAACUAUAUGUUCUAGUUUUCAAUUAAGGUUACAGCUAAUCUCAUUUGUAACGUGUUUGUAACAGAGUGAACGAUACCUUUUGGCAGUCUCGCUGCUGCUGCUGCUGCGGAGUACAUUUCUCAUGAUCCUCAGCCAGCAAAGAAUUAUGUGACACUUUGCCAACAAUGGUUGGAUUGACAAAGGGUACCCAUCACUGUUAUAACUGGUUAAAGCUGCAUUUCACGUUUUCAAAAAUAUAUAUAUUUUCCGAUUCUCUGAAAGUAAACAUGCUACCUUUACAUUAUUUCAUUAAUAUUUUAAAAACUACAAAUUAGCAAAAGAAAUAUUGAAUCAGGCAAAACUAAAAAGAUCUAAUACAGUUUAUCUUUGUUUGAAGUAACAAAAUAAUCUCCACUCCCUCUGUAUUUUUAUGUGAUAGAUAGGCCUGCACAACAUACUUAAACCUUCUUAGAAAACAAAUUGUGAGUUUGUUACACAUGUGAGGUAAUUUAUAUCAUGAUUUCCCAUUAAAAGCUAUUUCUAUUCUUCCCUCCCCCUUAUGAUAUAUUUCCAUACUCAGCAGCAUGUUUAUUUAAAAAAUAA